GUUUGUGUUUAGUCCUAAAUUCUGGUUUGGUGUUGUCGCUGGUGUUUCCGGUCGGUCAGGUGUUGUCACUAGUGUUUCCUGUUGUGUUCCCGGUUGGUUAGCUGUUGUCACAAGUGUUUCCGGUCGGUCUGUUGUUGUCGCUGGUGUUUCCGGUAGUGUUUCCGGUCGGUCUGUUGUUGUCGCUGGUGUUUCCGGUAGUGUUUCCGGUCGGUUUGUUGUUGUCGCUAGUGUUUCCGGUCGGUCUGUUGUUGUCGCUGGUGUUUCCGGUAGUGUUUCCGGUCGGUUUGUUGUUGUCGCUGGUGUUUCCGGUAGUGUUUCCGGUCGGUUUGUUGUUGUCGCUGGUGUUUCCGGUAGUGUUUCCGGUCGGUUUGUUGUUGUCGCUGGUGUUUCCGGUGCCGCAGCGGAUCACGAUGAGCAAACUGCCGCAGCUCAGCUCCUUCCUGUCGCAGCGGCUCGGCGCGCUGCUCCGGGACGUCCUGGACGUGGUGGAGGACGCGGUGACCGAGUACCGGGAGGAGGCGGCCAGGACCCGGCGGGAGAACGACAGUCUGCGGCGACAGCUGCGGGACAUCCUGCUGCUGGAGACCGACACCGACUGGCUGAGAUCCAGGUCCAGUCUUGGUUUGGAGGCUCCUGAGCAGCAGCUCACGGAUCCAGAUCUGAGGCCGCGCUCAGAGGAGCCAGACUCGACCCUGAAGCAGCCCAGACCGCCGGCUCCUCCCUCAGCGAAGCAGCCUCACGAGCACAUCGUGUCCGUGCAGCUGCUGUCCGUCCAGAACAGGACGCCCCCCAGGAAGAUUCUCCUCCCCAGGAAUGAGGACCCUGCUGAAGCCUGGGAGCCAGAGCUGAAGCCCGAUCCUCAGCAGGAGGUGAGCAGCAAGGCGUCACCUCAUCCUCGAUACUCCACCUUCAAUCUUCCCUCUGCCUCUGCUGCCAAAAACCACGUUGAGAUCCCAGCGUGCAGAGAAGAGCCACGAGUUCCUGCUGUGAUCAAAACAGAACCUGAGGAGUUCAGAGUGAGUGAAGAUGAAGGUCACACAGAGUCUGUGACAGCGGUGUCACACGCUCACAUCACACAGGACGAGUCGAAGCUUAGAACCACAGACGCAGACCGGGCGGCGGCGGUGGUGCGUGCAGGCCGACAUGAAGCUCAUCGAAACAAGAAGCCCUCUCAGGAGAGGUUAACGGCUCCAGCUGAUGAUGCUGCAGUAGCUGGUUAUACCUCCGAGCUCAUCCAUCGCUGCCCCCGCUGUGGCGAGGCGUUUGGCCAGGCAAACAGUCUCCGCCUCCACCUGGAGCAGAAACAAAAGACCUACGCCUGCGACUGGUGCUGCAAGUCCUUCGCACAGUCGGCCGACCUGCGGCGCCACCUGCGCACACACACGGGCGAGAGGCCGCACUGCUGCACCUUCUGCUCCAAGAGCUUCAGCCAGCGAGGAAACCUGCGGCGACACCUGAGGAUCCACACGGGCGAGCGGCCGUACAGCUGCCCGUACUGCUGCCGCACCUUCAGUGACGGAGACACCAUGAAGAAACACAAGCGCACACAUUCAGGAGAGAAACCCUACCGCUGCGUCCAGUGCUCCAAGACCUUCACCACGGCCAGCGGCCUGCAGAUUCACUUAAAGAAGGACAUGUGCUUCGUGGCCAACGCCUGAUUGGACAGGAGGAAGUGAUGCUGCUGGGACGAGACGUGUGGCAGCAGCCGGGGGGGAGAACGCACGCCGCUGAAAACAAAAACCCUCUGUGCAGAUGUGAUGUUUCCUGUGAUGUUUUCCUAGACACACAAACACAUCAGUCUUCAUUGGUUUGUUUUCUGCCUCCUUCCUGCACGAGCGUCUCGCUUGGGAACUCGUCUGAUUCGUUGAAAGGAUGGUGGCGCACAGAUCAGGCAGCCAAUGAGUGACCAGGAGUCAUUUCUUUGCGUUGCUGUGGAUCGGGACGAGUUGUGCUUCUCGGCAGCUACAUAGUUUUACUGACUGAUGUUGUUCAUGCCUUUGUGUUAAUUUAUUUAUAUUUAUUUUUUUAUGUCACAUAAACCCUGGAGAGGACGAUUCGCUCCGAUUCAGAUGAAAUGCAAAGUGAUUUGAAGGAAAAAAGUUUGACUGGAACGGAAUCUGUUUCUCUACAGCUCAGAAAUCAAUCUGUGUACAGGAUCAUCGACGGUAGACGUCUCUUUAACUCUGUGUCAGUAGAAGAAAUCAUUCCUAUAAACAUCAGCUGUCAGUUUAUUAGGUACACCCCAACCUGUACAUGUGUGGCAGACGUGUCUGGUAUAAAUCAGGCUGUUCAAUGUUUUAGAUGCAUAGAAACCAAAUGAAACUAAUACUGUUUUCCUAAAAAACGUCAAAACAGAACGGGGGGGGGGGGGAAACUGAAUUUACAAGAAUGAAGCCGGAAAUUAACGAGAACAAAAAAUGAGAAAAUAACUUUUAUAUUUAUGAUAUUUGAAAGAAAAUCUCUGAUGAAAACCAUAAAUUUAUGAAGAAAAUAAAGAAUGACUUCACGUGUCAGGGUUCCAUCGACCUCAUCACGCUUUCUGUGUUUUAUGCUGCAGAGGACGAACCCGUCAAAUUCUAAUUCAAUAUCAGAUUUAUCAAUAAGGAAUUAUCAUUGAUUUCAGCCCAGAAUCUGGAUAUUGUCAUCAUUCAGACUUUGAAGAGACGUCACUGUGAACUGAGUUUUUUUCUUGUAAUAUCAGUUUCUAUAUCUGCUCUGUAUUAUGGAUUCUUUCAUUAAUUUGGAAUGAAUACGUUUCUCUGGGUCUGAUCAGGAUUUGAUCGUGUAAAGAGUUUUACAUGAGCUGGGAAACAGCAGAGUGACCACUAGAGGUCAGCGGUGUCCCUAAUAUAAUGUUAACUCAUAAUACAGACUGUGUGUGUGUGUGUGUGUGUGUGUGUGUGUGUGUGUGUGUGUGUUUGACUCUCCUGCUUCUGGCUGCUGCUAAGUUAAGAUGAAUAUUAUUUAUUUUCUCAGAGUUUGACGACUCGAUCAGAAACACGUGUGUCAGCUGUGAACACAUGAAGGAGUUACAGUGUGAAUGUGUCCAUCAUCUCUGCAGAUUGUCUCAUUAUGAGUAUUUUGUAUUCAUGUGAAACAUUUUAGGUUUAUAGGCCAAAUAAAUGUUUAGUGAAACUUG